AAUCCUACCAUUAUUUCAGGAAACGGUGUGGUCAUCCACCUGCCAGGUCUCUUCGAGGAGCUGAAGAAGAACGAGCUGAAAGGCAUGGAAGGCUGGCAGGACCGCCUCAUCAUCUCCGACAGAGCACACCUCGUCUUCGACAUGCAUCAACAGGUUGACGGUCUUCAAGAAGCAGAGAAGGGCAAGAACUCGUUAGGCACCACAAAGAAGGGUAUCGGCCCGACUUACUUCAAGGCGACCCGCAACGGACUGCGGAUAGGAGACCUGCUCGGCGACUUUGAAGUUUUUGAGGAGAAGUUCCGCACCCUCGCCAGCAACUACAAGAGAAUGUUCCCAUCAUUAGAGGUUGACAUCGACGCGGAACUCGCCCGCUACCAGGUCUUCGCGACCAAGAUCAAGCCGAUGGUACGCGACACGGUCUCGUACCUGCAUAAAGCUAUCGGCGAGGGCAAGAAGGUUUUAGUCGAAGGUGCUAACGCCGCCAUGUUGGAUAUUGACUUUGGCACGUACCCAUACGUGACGUCGUCCAACUGCAGCAUCGGCGGCGUGUGCACGGGGCUGGGGCUGCCGCCGCUCGUCAUCGGCGACGUGCUCGGCGUCGUCAAGGCCUACACCACGCGCGUCGGCGACGGACCCUUCCCCACUGAGCUGCAUGAUGAGACAGGCAGCCUGCUGCAGGAGCGCGGCCACGAGGUGGGAGUGACCACGAAGCGGGUGCGACGCUGCGGCUGGCUCGACCUGGUCGUCGUGCGGUACACCGCCAUGGUCAACGGGUACACCGCGAUAUGCCUUACAAAGAUGGACAUCCUUGACACGUUAAAAGAGAUCAAGAUCGGUGUCGCCUACAAGCUGAACGGCAAGAAGAUCGAAUACUUCCCAUCAUCGAUGACAGAGCUUAGCAAUGUUGAGGUGGAGUACAUCACAGUCCCGGGCUGGGCGUGCAGUAUAGAGGACGUGCGGCAGCUGGACAAGCUCCCGCAGCAGGCGCGGAACUACGUCAAGGUCAUCGAGGACUUCCUGCAAGUACCUGGUGAGUCCCACUACCCUCAUUUUACUCAGUAAGAACACAAGAGACAC